UGCUAUGUGGAUAUUUGUUAGCAAUGACUGAUGUGGAAUCUACAUAUGCAGACUUUAUUGCUUCAGGAAGAACAGGUAGAAGAAAUGCAUUACAUGACAUACUUGUGUCCUCUCCGGGUGGGAACUCUAGUGAACUGGCCUUAAAGUUAUCGGAACUUGAUAUAAAUAAAGCCGAAGGAGAAGGAGAUGCACAACGAAAUCCAAGUGAGCAAACCGGGGAAGCCCAAGGGGAGGCAGCAAAGCAAGAAAGCUGACAUCCAACUUUGACCGACUGGAGCAGCUGCUGGAUGUUUUCAGACUACAAGAGCAUGCUGGAACAAAUUUGUUUCCAUGAGCAAGCCGGUGGAAAAGAAAGUGCAUGUGUCUUCACUGCUGGAACCCACUCAACACAAUGCUAAAAAUGGGGGUACAAGCUGUGGCAGAAGACAGAAUUUUCUCUACCUCUGUCAUUAGCAAUGGUUGAACAUGUGUUGAUUUUUUGGGAUAGUGUCAUCAGAUGGAUCCCUUCGUAAUGACUACUUGAUGGGAACACUUUUAUGAAAGUAGAACAGGUAAAUCUUGUAGCAAAUGGCCUUUGAAACGUCAGAGGAUCUAAUUGUGUAUCUUAAGAAAAGGCUUGUGUGAUCCUCAGAAUUUAAAAUUCUCUGGCCAAAGUGUUCACCCAUUAAAAGAACUGUAAAGAAAGCACUGUUUUUAGAACUUUCUGUCUGUUUUACAGCUCUGUUAUUUACAAUGGUUUUUGUAUUGUACGACUUAGAUGCUCCACACUGCCCCUUCUCAACUGCUUAUGAAGAAUAUUUCUGUUACUGUGAAUUUUUCUACCGCGCGUUUUGAAAGGGCUGUUUUUGCAUAAUGUGGUGAUGUGCACAUGAUAGAUUUAAAACAUCAACCGCUAAAUUGAUUAUGCCUAAACCUAAAUGACUCGGCAACACUAAUUUGUUACUAGAUCAGCCCUCAAAACGAUUUGUUAAUGUGAAUACUUCAGCGUGUUUUGUGUCCUUGGUACAGUUUUGCCACUUGCCUGUAGUUAGUUGCAUAUCAGAGACUCAAAUUGAAUCUUUUAUGUUACUCUUACCCCUUUUUCUAGUUUUACUCCCAAUUUCUUAAUCUUUCUCUGAGAUAUUUUUUUAAAAUGUUAGUCCAAGUAUUUUAUUGUUAUGGUAGUUUUAAGAAUACAUUUAUAACC